AUGAAGGGUACAGCACCAGUCGCGCCUGCGCGCGCCCGGCAUCGGUAUGCCCAGCUGGUGGCACUCGCCCUCCUCUCGGCGGCAUCGACGGCCCUUUUCUGGACAUUCAGCACUUCGGUAAACCCACCGGAACAUGCGUCUGACUCACCUGUUGCGUCGGACCCCGCACGCGACUGGAAAGACGACGUCUGGCCGUUGCGCGAGCAGACGCCGUGGGACAUCUCUACGGACUUUCCCUAUCCUCGCCGUUUCGAGGCCGACGUCACCGAGGGCACCUGGCUCCGCCUCGACGUGCAUCCCGUAUCCGGCGAAAUCGUCUUUGACAUCCUCGGCGACAUCUACUGCAUCUCAGCCGACGAUAAGGAAGUGCCUGCUCGUGCUAGACCAAUACUGCUCGGUGUCCCUAAAGAGGCGGACGCGCAUUUCUCCCCGGACGGGACACGCCUCGCGUUCCGCUCGGACGCUGGGCUGGGUCUGGAUAAUAUCUGGGUCAUGCCGUGGCGCGGGUUGGCGGAGGCAUUGGCCACCCGCGACUCCGACGAAGCCCUACUCGCGGCCGGGACUCCAGAAACUACAGAGCGCCGUCAGCGCCGCCUAUUACGCGAGGGUCGCCUCGACGCAGUACGCGUAACGAAUGAAACCUACCGCUUCGUGACCGACCCGCGGUGGCAUCCAUCGGGAGAACGUAUCAUUGCCACAAAAUGGUUUACGGGCAGUAUCACGAUUCCUGGCGGCGAGGGGUGGAUUUAUCCUACGCCACCUGACUUACCGUCGUCCUGGGCAGUCUCGUCUGGUGCGGGAGACCGCACUGUAAUUCGCGAGCUCCCGCGGGGGUGGAAGACGGAGGAGUACCCGGACGUGAAUUUGGGUCCUGAGCAGCUUUUGUGGUGGGGCGAGGAUGCGAUCAUAUACUCCAAGAGCACACAGCUCAAGGGAAGAUAUGAGUAUGGCCAGGACGUCCACAAGGGCGUCUAUGAGAUUUUCGCGUACAACCUCACCACCGACACCACAGUCAAGCUCGUCGACGCUCUCCCUGGCGGCGCGAGUCGACCAGAACUUUCCCGCGACCAGCGCACGCUCGCCUUCGUGCGGCGCAUACGUGACAAGCAGGCUCUCUACCUCCUUGAUCUUGCCACCGGGACCCUACACCACAUCUGGGACGGCCUAUCGCACGACCUACAGCUCGUCGGCGGGAUAGCAGGCACUUAUCCCUCCUUCGCAUUCACGCCGAACGACGACGCGAUCAUCAUCUGGGCUGCAGGGCACAUCUGGCGCGUACCGCUCUCUGUGAACGCUGCUGGCCAACGCACUGCAGGUGGCGCUCCCACACGCAUUCCUUUCACCCUACACCUUGACCUCCAGCUCGCGGACACGCGGAAGGAGUCCACCGACCUUGUCGCACUGGAAAUGCAGCCCGCGCAGACUGUGCGCACGCUCAGGGAACUGGACGCUGACGAGACGGGCUCGCGUGUCGUGUUCGAGGCUGCAGGUGUCACAUAUCUGCACGACAUCGCUGGUAACAAAACGCGAGAAAUCCCCCGCCUUCAUUCAGAUAAGCCGUACUUUUCGCCGGCGUUUAUUCCUGACUCGGAUCUCGUCAUCCACACGCGCUGGGCGGAUGUUGAGGACGACAGGGGUAGCCCCAUUUUCUCCACCUUCGAGGUCGCCGAUGUAGCGUCGGGGAGAGUCUGGGAAGUCAAGGGACUGCCAGUCGGUCGGCACUUCAGUCCAGCUGUCAGCGGUGGGCCAGGAGCACAGCGCACGCUGACCUUCAUGCGCGCUGCUGGCGAUGUCAUCACGGGGAAUGUCGUGGAGACAGCGCACUCGGGCCUAUACGUCGCGCAAAUCGAGUUACCCGACAUAACCACGGACUCGAAGUCGGAGGCUGGAACCGUCAUCGCCGCAAACGUCCGUCAUAUCCCCUCCGAGGUGUCCGCGGCAGUCACGGGCUACCUCAAGCUUGAGUUCGCCGGUCAGGACAGGAUAUUGGCGCACACGCCCAAGCGCACCGUCGCCGUCGACCUCGAGUCCGCACCGAACGCGACCGGCAUGCCGAUGCACACGACGCUCGUACAUGGGAAGAUGUCGAGCGAGGUGCGCGUACGACCGACCAUUGGUGCCCAGAGCGGCGCAGCAUUCGUGGACCAUUAUCACGUCUACUACAUCCCGAGGGUCACCGCGGACACGAGCUUGUGGGCCAAGCCGGCGAAUGCGACCCCUGGGUUGGUACGGUUGACCGAGAAUGGUGGCCAUGAUCUGGCCUGGAGUGGCACUGGGGAGCGGUUGUUCUGGGCGUCGGGACCGGUCCUACAUUCAGUCGAGGUCGACAGACUCGCGGAAUGUCAUGAAGCAAUCCAGAUAGACGCGCCUCAUCAUGGAUCUAACUGUGUGGCGACGCUGGUUGAGCGGUACCCAAUCUCUAUUCAGCACCCAAGUGAUAUCGCACGACUUCGCGCACAGGCUCAUGAGGCGGCAGAGGCGGCGAAGACGGGUCGCGCCGAUGCCGAAUUAAACGCGGAUGUCCUGGUCAUCGCCAACGCCACAAUCUUGACGAUGGCGAGCGGCGAAGGUCCCGAGGAAGAUGUCAUGCACGACGGGACCAUGGUAAUACGGGGUGGAAUCAUCGAGGCUGUGGGAUCUACGGGUACGGUCGUCGUACCCGAUGGCGCCACCGUCUUCAACGCACAAGGAGGCUUCAUCACUCCCGGCUUCAUCGACGCGCACGCGCAUUGGGGUGACUAUAUGGUCCGUUUCCCGGCCGCGUCGUGGGAGAUGCAAGUCUUCCUCGCCUACGGUGUGACUACGAUGCAUAACCCCAGCGCCAUGACCGUCGAGGCAUUUGCGCAGCGUUCGCGCUUGGAACGGGGGCAACUAAUUGGUCCGCGCAUCUUCACAACGGGGAUGGUCUUAUUUGGCGCUGGCUGGCCCGGAAUACACCAAGAGAUCGUGGAUAUGCAACAAGCGCGGGAGUCCCUUGUACGUAUACGCGAUGAGGGCGGCCCUUACAUGCUAGCGUAUAAGAACUAUCAACUACCCUCACGCGCGUCACGACAGCGUCUUCUGCUGGCUUCGCGCGAGAUGGGCCUGAUGUGCGUACCCGAAGGCGGCGCCAACUGGGACUGGGAUCUGACCUACCUUAUCGACGGAAUGACCACAAUGGAGCAUUCGCUCCCCAUCUCUCCUCUAUACGAAGACGUCCUCGCCCUCUUCGCCGCGUCCGGUACAGGCUACACGCCUACGCAUAUCGUCAGUUACGAUGGCAUCACGGGAGAAGAGAUCAUCUGGGCCAACGAGGACCUACCGAAUAAUGAGAAGCUUCGGCGCUUGGUUCCACACACUCAGCUGUAUGAAUUGUCUGAGUCGACAUCGAGACCAGCGUACUCAUUCGAGCUCUGGAACAUGAGUGCGGACGCUACCGAACUUGUCCAUCGCGGUGUUCCGGUGCAUAUUGGGGCGCACGGCGAGCAGCCGAUGGGGCUGAACUAUCAUUCGGAGUUGUGGUUCUCAAAGCAGGGCGGGCUGUCCAAUUAUGAAGUCUACCGUGCAGCAACAAUCGACGCGGCCAAAACCUUCGGAUUGGACUCCUCGAUCGGCUCGCUCGAGCCAGGGAAGCUGGCAGACUUCGUGAUCUAUCCACCUGGCGUGGACAUUUUAAAGGACGAUAUCCGCCGCUCGCGCGAAUUAUCACACGUCGCGCGCAGUGGGAGGCUGUGGAACGCCGACACCAUGGAAGAAGUCUGGCCAGUCGAAGGAAGGACGCAAAUUAUGCCUCCAUUCAACGUCGACUGAUGCCCAAGACUCGACCAAUCUACUACAUUUAACUGAUCUACUUACAUCUGAUCUACUGACGGCCUAUGAUUUUUGGAUCUGAAGGGAAUUUUAUACCGCCCCGCUUCUGUAUACCACGACCACUGCACCCUAUCGAGGAAUUUGACACGCUACUCCCUGCUUUCACUGCCGAUGAAGGGACCACAAUUCAGACCGCCACCCGAAGACGGCAAGCCCCGCGGCGCCAGCGAAGCAGGUCCCCGAGUAGAUGAUCAUGCUCUCAAACCUCCCACCGCCUACCGCGAAGCCAGUCGC